UGGGAGGCGCAUAAAUCCAUAGGAUCUAGACUCCUACCAGACACGGAUUUAACGCGUUCAAAUAAAAUUCCACAAAAUAUCAUACUUUAUAUAGUCCCACCGAAAGAAACAGCUUUGGGCAUCUUUGAUUCAACUCGAAACCAGUAAAAUCGAAUUCUUGUCAGCCAGGAAAAAUUUUAAAAUACAAUGCAGCAUCUGAAUGUCGUUGGGGACCUUCUUGGAAAUUACUUAACGAUUAAGAUAUCUCAACUGAGCAACCAUUAGAAAAUUCCUCCUCAUUUACCAGACCUCUGCAAUAUAAAUUCAAGCCAUUAGCAAUACCCACACAAUUGUUCUUGUGAAAAUCCCUCACAGAGAAGCUUUCAUUCAAUCCCUUAAUUUCAAAUCCCCCAAUUGAGAAUGGCAGGGCGCCCAAGGCCUGUAGAAGUGGAUCUCACACUCAUCUCUGCAAAAGAUCUCAAAAAUGUGAACUGGCGAUACGGCGAUCUGCGUCCCUAUGCUGUGGUUUGGGUCGACCCGGGCAACAAAAUUUCGACUCAGGUCGAUCCAGAGGGCGAUAUGAAACCCUCAUGGAACGAGAAGCUCACCAUUCCUGUCACAGGCCCGCUGGAGGACGCCGAGCUGACCAUAGAAAUCGUCCAUGAAAAGGCCUCCGAGCUGACAAAACCCCUAAUUGGAACCGCCAGGGUUCGACUCACAGAAAUCCUGGACGAAGUGGGGUUCGACCAGAGGCAAGAACGGACCCUCAAAUUGAAGCGCCCGUCCGGCCGCCCGCAGGGUAAGCUCGAUAUCGCGGUCUGCCUGAGGGAAAAGCGAUGGCCCCAGCAGGAGUACCCUUACCCGCAGCCCUACGGCACAAGGGAAUAUGCCCCUGCUGCUUAUCUAUCCCAGCAGUACCCAUAUGCAUAUGGUGCAAACCCUCCUCCACAGCAAUACCCUUAUGGUAGAAACCCUCCUUCAGGAUACCCUAGUGGACCUUAUGGGAACCCUUAUACACAACAGGCCCCUGUUUCUUAUGAGGGUUCUGGAUAUGGCGGUGGGCCUGCUUAUGGCGAGACUGAGAAGCCCAAGAGCAGUAAGUUUGGGGUUGGGACUGGUUUGGCUGUGGGAGCUGUAGCUGGGGUUUUGGGUGGCUUGGCUCUCGCUGAGGGGGCUGAUUAUGUGGAAGAUAAGAUUGCUGAAGAUGUUGCAGAGAAGGUUGAGGAUGAUUAUGCUGAUCAGGGUGGUUAUGAUGAUUAUGAUGGUGGUGAUGACUACUGAAAAAGAGUCUUCGAUUCAGGAAAUGCUUUUUAGUGUUGGUGUGAGUUUCAAUCCGUUGCAGUUUUUCUUUUGCAUCAAAACAAUGUUGUGAUAACUUUUCAAUCAAUUUUAUGGUUGCUUACUGCUUGAGAACAAUUAUCUUUAAUUAUCUUGAAAUGUUGAGAACAUUUAUUUCUAA